CGCGCGCUUUCGGAAUAAUCGGCUUCCUUUCAAUGCACUUUCUAACGUGCUCGUAUGAACCUGCUGGGAUUUUUCAGAACGGAAGCCUCCAAACCUCAAUGUCGAGGUCGCAGGCUGUGAUAGCGAUAUCGUAGCAGCUGAAUUCCGUUGUUGCGACUCGAAUGUUGGGUGCAUAGAGCACGAAGUCUGGCUGUGUUGUCUGGUAUUUGCAGAUUGGGGAAAUUAGUGCUGGAACUGCACUUGGGUCGCGCCGAUUAAUUAGGCUUCACAGUUCAGGAAUGGCGCCUUGCGGAGUGGUUAUGCUUUCACCGCCGCUCGUGCCUGCGACAACCAGCUCGGUUGUCCAGAGAGAUGGAUUUGCUGCGGGCAAUGUGGGUAGGAGAACAUCCCCGCUUCACAGUGUGGUUCUCUCGGGGAAUGCGAACAGACUUGUGGGUUUGGACAACCGGCGGUACCGACUAAUUCGAGCUAGCUCUGAGGAAAAUUCAGAUACUGCGUCUUCAAGUACAUCUACAAGUGAGAAGGAGGACUUAAAUGCCAAGUUGGCAGCUGCAGAGGCAGAGGCAGAGGCGCUACGCAGAGAACUGGCAGCGCGCAAAGGCAAUCGAGACACAACUGAUCUUUCAAAACUGAAACCAGCCACUCCAGAAAAGCGUAUUGACGGCACAGGCUAUAGAGAAACUCUGUUCUCCGGCCCGAAAGCUACUGGAAAACCGGAGCAGCAACCCAGUAAGUGGGGUUUGUCAGAAGCAGAGCUAUUUCUAUCUAAAGGUGCACCUACUGAAGGAAUGGGUCUUGGAGGGGAGGCUAUGGAAGCUGGUUCUGACAAAGUUAUUCAAAGGCGUCUGAUUAUUGGACUUGGAAUCUCCGCGCUAGCUGUUGGAUUGGCUAAUCUGAAAUUUCCGACCAGCAGACCCUCCAAACCAUUAUUUUUAUAUGUGGUUUCUAUUCUUCAGCUCCAACGCAUACUAAAAUCGUUAGAAGAUACUGCUUCAGAUGUUGAAGUAGUGAAAAGUGAACUGAGAAGAGCAGGCACAUCCGAAGAAAUCAAGAAAACCUUGCUCAAUGCGGCAGCAUGGUUAGACGGAGAGAAUGCAGAGAAGGCAACCAACCUUUCGUUUGAAAUAUUCGAAUACGUGGAUCAGGCUGAUUAUAGUAGAUAUUUUGAGAACAUUGGAGAACCCAGCCCAGUACAACAAAUGGAGUUUCUCAAAUUCAGUUUGCAAUCAAUCAAGGCUGCUCGAAAAAAAAUCGAUGAAUUUUUGACGCUUAUUCCCUCAGAAGAUUUGGAUGCUGCUGCAUCCCAAUUUGCCCGUUGACUGCACUGCAACGAUUGCUGAAUGCAAGACAAGUUAAGAUGUAUCACAUGUCCCUUCACACGGAGCCUUUUAAUUCUUUUGUUCAUAAGUUGUAUACAUAGAAGCUUCUUGCUCAAGUGAAAUAUUUUGUUCCUAUUUGCAAGAAUUCCACAGCUUGAUUGCAACUGCAAAUCCUCUUGAAUCUGCGUGUGUGCAUCUGAGUCACCUUAUUAGUGUAGCUGAAGAGCUUCUCUACUUUGCUGCCUCGUAAUAAUGCAGUGGGUACUUA